AUGAAGAGAACCAAGGUCGCCGCCGUGGUUCACAAGUCGGCCAUGGCCCGAAUGUCGACAGACAUAGGCAUUCUCGGGUGUGAUGCUGCUGGGGUUUUGGGACUUUUUCCAGAGCAAAAGCUUACAGCUGUUAUACGAAUGUUGACGUAUGGUUCAUCUGCUGAUCAUGUGGAUGAGAUUACCCGGAUGAGGAAGUCCACUAUGUUGGAAACUUUGGUAAGAUUUUGUGAUGCAGUCGAAAUUCUGUACACUAAGGACUACCUACGCAAGCCGAAGCUCGAGGAUUUCCAGGAAUGA